AUGGUCUUCUUUAAACAACCCUCGAAAUACUGGACCUUUGACACGAUUGCAGUACACUAUUACGACAACAACGUUUCCCGCAUUUUCGACCGUAUCAAGAAAGAUCUUGAACAACGUGCAAUAAUGGAAGAUUGUGAUGCUCAAAAAGCAAAAGAACUUUUGAAUUCAGAUUGGAAGGCACCCGUGAAGACACACGUUGCUAUUUAUCAAAUUAGGAACGAGGCUGCUGCUUCCACCUUUGCUGAUGGGGCAGAAUCAAUGACAAAAGUUCGUAAAGCGAUUCUUAGUGAUGUCGAUGCUAUUGCGUCAGGAUCAGUUACUAUUUCUAAGAAUUAUGAAAAGAAUGGAGGGGUCUUUAUGAGUGAUAGUACACCUGCUUAUAAUAAUGAAACUGGCAUUUCUGAUUAUGGAGAAAAGGAUACCAACUUAGUUCGUAAAUGGUGUAGUGAUGGAGAUGCUACACCAACUAAACGGACGAAACUAAAUGAUGAUCUAUCAAUAAAUUCAGAUUUUAACUUGGGAUCAAUUGAG